AUGAAUGCGCCCUCGAAACUAAGCUUGGAUUUCGUUGCGGCUCUGCCGACUGUGCCUCCUUCACACUCUUCCACAGACUGCAGCUACGGUACAGCCCCGUACACAUCCGCUCAUCGAUAUCUGCAUUUUCGCAGCGACCGCAUACCGUACACGGAAGGCAUCCGAUGUCUCAAAGCCACAGACAAGGGGUUGCAGGGUCAUAACAGCGGUACAGCUGCAUCGCACGACCUGGAUCGCGCAUCUUCGCCACGACGGUUCUGCCGAAGCGUCUCAUGUUGA